GUUUAAAUGGAAUCUCAAGUCAGUCUCAACUUCAACUAAUUUCAGUUUCAGCUUCCACAUUUAUUGUUUAUACAUGCAAUUCAACUAAGCAAUUUGAAGUUAAAACUAUUGCCAAAAAUAUUAAAGGAACAGCUCGAAGGCAUAAAUUUAAAGUACCAGAGAAACUGGGGCCCCCAGGAGAUUUUUACUUUCUUAAAUAUACAGAUUCACGACACCGUUCAUACGUAGAUUUCUCUGGUUUUUUUACGAUCAAUGGAACAAAAGGUACUAUCCCGGGCUUCGAUCCACCAAAAAUUUUACCAACCACAACUUAUCCCGCAACAACCACAACUUAUUCCGCAACAAUUUCAGAACAAACGCCUGAUAAUACCGGUGAUGUAAAUAAUGGUCCGUUAAGUAGUCCUACAAAUUCUAUUAUUUCUCCUACUCCAAUAAGCAGUGGAUCAAGUAAACAGUAUCAAGUUUCAAUGUUUGAAGAAAUUUCGCUAGGUGUUAUUACUUUUGUUUUUAUCGUAAUCAGUAAUAAUUUAAUGAACUUUUUAAAUAUUUAA